UGACGGAUGCGGCGAGCGACCAGUGUGAGCCCGGAGUAGGGUGUGCGCUGGCCUGGAAGCGCUAGACCUGUGAGGUGUGCGGGUGGCUGUUGGAGUGAGGCUUUGGUAGACAUGGCUCCCAACGUGUUGGCUUCCGAACCGGAGGUUCCGAAGGGCAUCCGGGCCGUGUUGCUGGGGCCGCCCGGGGCUGGCAAGGGGACGCAGGCACCCAAACUGGCUGAAAACUUUUGUGUCUGUCAUUUGGCCACCGGGGACAUGCUGAGAGCCAUGGUAGCUUCUGGCUCGGAGCUAGGAAAAAAGCUGAAGGCGACAAUGGAUGCAGGGAAACUGGUGAGUGACGAGAUGGUUGUGGAGCUAAUUGAGAAGAAUUUGGAGACUCCUUCAUGCAAAAAUGGCUUUCUUCUAGAUGGCUUCCCUCGAACUGUGAGGCAGGCUGAAAUGCUUGAUGACCUCAUGGAGAAGAGGAAAGAGAAGCUCGAUUCAGUCAUUGAGUUCAGCAUCCAGGACUCGCUGCUGAUCCGGAGGAUCACUGGGAGGCUGAUUCACCCCAAGAGUGGCCGGUCCUACCAUGAGGAGUUCAACCCUCCAAAGGAGCCCAUGAAAGAUGAUAUCACCGGGGAGCCCCUGAUCCGCAGGUCAGAUGACAACGAGAAAGCCUUGAAGACCCGCUUGGAGGCCUACCACACUCAGACCACGCCGCUCGUGGAGUACUACAGGAAACGCGGCAUUCACUGUGCCAUCGAUGCGUCCCAGACCCCUGAUAUCGUGUUUGCGAGCAUCCUGGCAGCCUUCUCCAAAGCCACAUCCUAGUAACAGAAGGCCAGGCGAGACCGCACCCCUGCUCAUCUCCCCGCCGUGGGAUCCCUGCUCUUAGGUGCUGGGCAGAGGGAAGAGGGUGGUCAUGGGAAGGAAGGAUGGAUGGAUGGAUGGAUGGAUGGUGAGGGAGGUGGGGAGGGGCUCCUCGAGAGAAGAUUUGGAACAGUGGCAGUGUUAUAAUUAGUAAGUUUUUUUUUUUACACGUAGAUGAGAAUUUUUAAAGUAUAAGCAAGGGAAAAGAUUAUUUUUUUUUAAAAAAAACUGUGAUUGGAGUGCAUUGGUGCAGAUAAGGGACAUGGUAUUAUUUUUAAGCAGUCAGCCUCUCCUUUUCUCUGGACCACAAAGCUAAUGCUCUCUAAGAGACCUCAGCUUCUACAUAAGAACCUCAUGGAUCCCCAGGCCCAGAGCACAGCAGUCAGGCUGGGCCUGUGCAUCCC